AUGUGGACAAGCAGUGAAACAGAUGGAAAACCUGGUCCCACAGUGCAGCCAGCGCCAGGCCAGGUGCUCACCCUGUCAGGCCACCAGUUGAAAAAGGGAUCAGAAACAGCACAGCACAGCAUGGAAGGGCGUGGAGUUCCAGGCUCAGGCCAGGAGCAGCGUGAUGGUGACACCAGCACCAUCAGCGGUUGCUGGUGA